AUGAAUGAUAGUGAAUUCAUUUCCGAAGACUGGCGAAUCGGUAUAGCAAAUGGUCUUGUUUCUAAUUUAUCUAUUUAUUCACAAAAAGAUUAUCGUCGAUUUAUUUCUGCUCAUAUACAAUAUCUUCAAGGAUUAUGUCGUCUUUCUCAACAAUCAGUCAAUAAUGCUGUUAAUGAAUCGCUAACAUCAUUAUUAGUCACUAUUGAACUUCUCUCUGAACAAAAUUUGUAUGAUUAUGUUAAUAAUUCAAUUGAGCAAAGCAAAUCAAAUGCUCCUAUUCUAUUCUCUCGUCUUCUCUUCAUCACUCGAACUGUUAAUCAUGGAAAUGCUUUCAUAUCAACAUAUGGCUCAAAUUUCGAAUAUACUUCUUUGUUGACUGAAGAUAUGAUUAGUUAUGCAUAUACUGAAGGUAUGAUUUAUGAUAAUGAAUGCUCAUGUGGAUUGUAUUCAAACUGUACAACUCAAGCGACUUUUGUCGAUGAAAAUUCCUUAGAGAUGGUACCAGUGAAAGGAUUAAAAAUGGGAUGUACACCAAGUGAAUCAUGUCGUUUAUCAACUCUCGAGUGUUUUUAUGAUCAAUCAUGUCUUAAUCUUAUUCAAAAGUAUACAAAUUAUCAUAAUUCUUCAAUUCCUCUUUCAACCAACUCCAGUCGUUUUCCAGAGAAUACAAAAAUUGAUGAAUUGAUUAAAAAUUUAUUUAAUGAACAAUGGUUCAAUCAAUCCAACUAUUC